AUGUUUUCUGCUAUCCCCCCCCCCUUCGUCUUGCAGUCGAAUGCGGGUGAGUACGUCAAAACAGCCCGCAACAAAGAAAGCGUCGCCACCCAAGCAGGUGGACUUGAUAUCCAGUCGCCUCACCCCAAACACCACAAAUUUGUUUUCACAGACCCUGUCGCGUUCCGAUAUCUGGAAGAGGACCCUUCUACCGUCGUGCUACAUCGACGUCUGGCGCUGAAAGGCUACGAGGUGUACAUUGUAGAACAAUGGACCUGCUCGAGAAUUCAUCCGACUUUCGUCAUCACCACAUAUACCGGAGAUCCGUUGCAUACCGUCGUGGUUGGCGUUCUCAGUAUUCCGACGGAUGAGUCGACUUGGUCUCCUCGUUUGCAGCUGUACUUCAAGGCCGUGUUGCAAUACCAUGCUCGGAAGAUCGAGACACCUUUGGGUAGUCUUAUGGUUACAGAUUUGGGUGGUUUUCCCUCCUCCUUGACCGUCAUCUCGGUGCCUGAUGGUGAUGUCAAUAAACACCGGGAGGAUUUUAUCGUCAAUGAAAAUUUGAAAAGGCUGGGGUGCGCUGGUCGGGCCGGCUUGAAGUUACAGUAUCCGCCCGCUGCUACUGAAGCCAAAUUCCAUCAACUCUAUCGGACGAGCGAGAGAGUUCCUUUAUAUAAUGCUGUCACCGCGCUUAUAAAGCUAUGCCAGACGGCAUUGAUGAUGUUUGACAAAUUGGCGCCUGAAUACGUGGAUGGCCUGCUAUGCGAUGUAACAGAAGCUGCGAUAACUGACUGGUGGGCCGAUAUUGGGAUGGAUCUCUAUGAUAUCGACCUGGACAACGGCGUUGUCGGCCCGACUGCAGUGGCUGCAUUGCUAGGCACGCUGCUGGGUGCGCGGAAUAGACUGCACGCUUAUGGUGCUCCCGUGGGCAAGGAUGCUUUUGACAUUGUCAACCUUAAAAGGGGCAUUGGAAGCUUUCAAAAGUCAGAGAAACUGAAACGAACGCGUCGACUGGAUCGGCAGACUCUCGAAAAGCUGCACCGGGUGACUGCGAAAGCAGCGAGCUCGGACAAAUGGGCCGGUGCUGUGAGAACGACGGUGGCAGAGUUGGGCGGUAAAGGGGGUGAGAUGGUCAUGGGCAUGGUGGGAGGACGGGGAAAGGGUGGUAUUGCUGACAUUGAGACACUCGACAUGGACAAUUUCGCGAGUCUCGUGACCGGUGAAAAAGCCAAGUGGCUCUGGAGAGGAAAGCCGCGCAAAUCCAGUCAUGAUAACGGGUUCACAAAUGUCCGCGGCGCUUCAGAUAUGAUGUUUACGAGGGAUGACCAGGGUGGUUAUAUCUGGACGAGCCGUAAGAGACGAUCAAAUGAACUUCAUGGCGCGGACCGUUUCCUUCAAGGACCAGAGCACUCGUGGAAUGGGUUUGACUCGUCAUCUGGCCAAGAAGACAAAGACCAUGUCAUAAGCAGGAUUACACGAAAAAAGGUCAGCGGUAGAGUCUCAGAUGCGCGGGCAGGAUUCGACAGGUUCAGGGAUGCGGUAGGAUUACAAGGUCGCCGCUCGCAUAGCCACAAGCAUGCCAAAGUGCCUUCCGCUGAUAUUCCAGAGGAUAGCGAGACCGACAGGGAUGAAGCAGAACCUGGCAUCGUUACUUCCCAGGGACAGAUUCAUGGCGAUGACGAACCGGCUGCCACUCUGCCUCCGGAAUCUGACAGGAAAGUUCCACCGGAGAUAAACAUUGAGACUGCUUCCUCCGGAGAUGAUGAGGAUCUGCCACCAGAGGAAUCAAUGCAGGGUGCACGAUCGGACGAUGAAGGGUACGACUUAGACUUAUACGGGACAGUAUCAAACGAGCCUUCAAAUGAGGAAGAGCCAAUGCCAGAACAGGCAGCUGUCUCUCUGCGUCGGCCACAGAGCUGUAUAGAACUCGGCAGACUAUAUAAUUGGCGGCAGCGAGAUGACUACUGGCCUCGUCAUCUAUCAUUCAGCAAUGUCGAAGACGUUAUUAUUGGCUGGGAGGGAUUCCAGGCUCCCCAAGAGAAAGCUAAUGCUGGAUUGGAAGAGGCAAUACUCGAAGAAGACAUCCUAGCUUCAGACGCGCAAGAUGUCAGUCGUCAGAUUGUGGAGCUAAACCAGACUAUUGUUCCCUGGGUCGAGAGACAGGUUGAAUCCGUUGAGGAAAUCAUGCGAAUAUUGUACGAUCGCCAAGGGAAGCUUGGCACGUACUACCUAGAUCGGCUCAAGGAGUAUGAGAGAAUGAAGCAAAUAUCGAGCGACCUGUUAGAGGAGGAGCAUUCCUGUUUCAAUGACCAGAUUAAAAAGGUCGAGCUAUUAGGGGCUAAACUUGACUACGAAGUUGACGCUCUCGAAUCCAAAAUCAAGGACUUUGAGGAUGGGCUUGAAGAAUUCGAAGAACAUGUUGUGAUGAUAGAGACAAGAGUCCAAGCGUUAGUUGACCAAGGGGAGGUAGCUAAGAGCUCAUCCUGGUUUUCCUGGAUUGGGAGAUUUGUUUCCAGCCUUACAGGCCAUGAAGCGAUGUGA